GUCAUAUGCCAAAGGAAGAUUCGAAUGGGCAAUGUUGGGGAUGGGGGAUGGGAGAUCUGUGAUGACCUUAAAGUGCGUCCAAAACGUCCUUGCAUUGUUUAUUCAUUUGGAAUUAACUAUGACUUCUCCUUUGACGACGAUGUGGCCAGGCUGUAUGGAUGCCAUGUGUACUCUUUUGAUCCCAGCAUGGAAAAGAUGGAAACAAGCAACAGGUCAGUGCUAUCCAGUCACGUACAUUUUUAUAAAAUUGGACUUAGUGGUCAAACAGUCACCCUUGAUCAGGGCUGGAAUUUGUACACACUAAGUGAUAUUCGUUCCCGUCUUGGACACCAGAAUGCAGUGAUCGAUGUCAUCAAAAUGGACAUUGAGGCCUCAGAAUGGGAUGCACUUCCUCAAAUGGUGUCAUCUGGACAGCUAGAAAAUGUGCGGCAGCUUUUGCUGGAGUACCAUGUGGUAGACACUUCACAUGAGUACUUGCUGCCACGGCUGAAAAGCAUCCAGGCUGUGGAAAGGUUGGGCUUUAGGAAGUUUCUUGUGCAUAAAAAUGAGCACUGUGUGGAAUAUUUUGUAAAAUACCCAGUGCCAAGAACCCACUGCUACGAGGUUCAUUAUUUGAGAGGUUAA